GAGAAUUCCGUUUCCUUAUUACCGAUACCAUUGGAGCCAACAGUGAAGAAAAUGGUGGUUCUAGUCACUACCAGUUCUACAAUCAGCGAGUUCCUCAUAGAUGGUCAAAGGGGAACACGGUUGUCUGUUAAACACCAGAAAUGUUCCUGGAAUACAACCAUUGGGUCCUCGGGUAUUACUGUAGAAACUUCAUUACCCAGUGUUCUCUAUGUUGAAUCAAGGAAGAGCACUUUCAUAGUUCCGUCUCUUCAGAGUUUGGGGAAUGUCUAUGUCGUGCAGACGUUAUGGAAUGAAUUGCUGACUCAUCAGAAUGGGAAACUGGAAUCGUGGUUCGUCAUAUCGGCACCACGGGACUUUACAACUGUAUAUAUAAACUUGGAUGUCGCUAAGCAGUUCAUGACAUGGUUCCUUCAAGCUGACACAUACCAGUUUCUUUUGAACAAGGAUGAUUCUGUUUACGUUCGAUGCAACUAUGACGUAUCAGGGAUAAUGAUAAAUGGUAGCAAACCUCUUUUUGUUGCUAUGGGUACGAUUUACAAAGACAAUGAUAUGGAUGUUACAAUUCCGCCAUCUAAUCAAAGGUGGGGGCAAAGAUUUUUCAUCGAUGAGACGAGUUCCUACAAAAUCUUUGGUAAUGCCAACACAUCACUCAAAGCAAGAACCGCAAGCAACAAGACAAAAACCUUUGACUAUGCGUAUUUUCCAGCAUACCUCUCCCAACUUGAAAACGAAAGCUCUCCAUUCCUUCUAGAAUUCUCAAAACCAGUCCUGGUCUUGCAAUUAGUUACUAUUGAACAUUAUCAGGGCACCAUAUUCAAAUCAAAAUACGUCACUCCUAUUUCUUUGUACAUUCCAACAAAUUUAUUUGAAGAUGACCGUAAAUUUUGCUUUCAAAAUCUUUCUUUAGCUUCUUCCCAAGAAUUUCCUAAUACUACAAAACUAUCUCGAAAAAUAAUUAACAUCGAAAAAGAACAGUUCUCAAGUAUAUCACUUCAUUUCAACAGUUCCGAAACUCACUCAAUGGUUAAGAAGUUGCAAAAAAAGCAUGAAACAUUUGCUGUAUUUUCGGGUUACAUAUACUGUGGAUCUAGCACUCGGCUGUACCCACUCCCUGCAGCUUGGCAUAUCUACUCAUGCGAAACGAAUCUGGAAACGAUGUGUACUAAUGAUGUGAAUCCUUCAAGUAAUGGUCCAACUUUAAUCCAUUUGAUUCAUGAUCCUUACAUAGCAGCGUCUAUAGCUUCAGUGACCUUCUCUCUUGUGUCUGGUCUUCUGGCCGCCGUUGUGUUUAUUGCCUUGAUGUACUUAGUGGACCAGAUUAGAACUAGACUUGUAGGGCCCACCCGUGUUGGGCCUCUAAUACCAUAGUAAACUGUUUUCAUGCUUCUGUUUGAAAAAAAUUAAA